UUUUUCCCCUCGCAGCACGCCACUGUACCACUACCACCACCACCACUACCCCCCCGGCCUGCUGCUGCAGCUGCUGCUGCCCGUCUCCCCCUGGUGGCGGCUCGCCUCCCUCCCUCCCUCUACCUCAAGCUCGGGCCUUGCUAGCUAUCCGCCGUACAAGGACAGACAGGAGAGGGGACAAGGCCCGGGCGCUCCGGUUGGUUCCGUCGGAUCUCGCCUCCCGUCAGCUGGGAUCUCGCCCGCCCCAUGGCCGUCGUCGCGUCGACCCCCGCCCCGCCCGCCGCGCCGGCGCCCGCCGCCGCCGCCGCUCCUGCCGCUCCAGCACCCGCCGCCGCCCCCGCCGCGGAUCAAGCCACAGAUCUGCUGCAGAAGAUGUCGCUGGAAUCGCAGCCCAAGGCGGCGGCCGACGGAGCCGAGCUUGCCGGUGCCACCAAGCAGGGGCCUGUGGCCAGCCAGCCGCUCAGCGUGUCGAUCCCGCAGGACCGGUCCAUCACGCCGGUGGUUCAAGAUUUUACCGAUCCCAACAUGUUCUAUCUGCCAGCAUAUUACUAUGGAGGUUAUGACGGAACCAUGAGCGAGUGGGAUGAAUAUACUAGAUAUGUAAAUCAAGAUGGAGUAGAGGUUGCCCCGGCAGUAUAUGGAGAUAUUUAUGGAUAUGGGUAUGCUCCUUAUGGCGCAUACUCUCCAGCUAGUUCCCCAGUCCCAACAGUUGAUGGUCAGAUGUUUGCCGCACAACAUUACCAGUAUCCAGCUUAUUAUCAGCCUCCUACCCCGGUUUCUUCUACCACUCAAGGUGACCAGCAGCCUUCGGCCAAUGCUGAUAAUAAGCCAGCAGCCAAGGCAGAUGCUACCAAAACAACCACAAAUGGUGUUCCUAAUGGCACUGCUCACAGCAACAGUGGAACUGCACCCCUUGGGUCAAGCUACCAGAAUUCAGCACCGACCCCUGAUGGAACUUAUAGGGCACCCUUGCUAGGUGGAGUCCCUUCUACUGGUUAUGUGGACUCGACCUAUGGGUAUGACACCACCGCAGCACACUAUGCUUGGUAUGAUGGUUCUGCCUAUACCAAUGCACAGCAAAGACCAACUACAGCUAAUUACGUGCCGUCUUCAGCGUAUAAUGGCAAUGGUUCUUCCGCAAGGUAUCAGACCAAGAGCCCCACACCGCAGCAGCCGGGCAACAGGAGACCAACGACUACAACAGGGUCAGCUACUCCUACAUAUCCAAACAGGAUGUACUCGAGCACCCAGUCUUACAACCAGUAUGGAAAUUCGGUCAAAACUGGUCUUCUGUAUGGAAACAAUGGCUAUGGAAGCAGCGGCUACGGAAGCACUGGCUACGGAAGCAGCGGCUAUGGAAGCAAUGGCUACGGAAGCAGCGGCUAUGGAAGCAGCGGGUAUGAUUCCAGGUUGUAUGGUCGGUGGGGUGUUUCUAUGGAUACCAGAUACAACAGGCCCAGAGGACGUGGCAACGGAUAUUAUGGUUUUGGCAAUGAGAGUCAGGAUGGAACGAUUGAGCUCAACAGAGGUCCUAGGUCAGGUCGUUUCAAGAACCAGAAAGCAUUUGGCCAUACUGUUACCAUCGCUGUGAAAGGGCAGACCCUCCCUUCAAGUGAAAACAAGAAUGCGGAUGACGUAGCUGACAAGGCUCAGUUCAACCUAGAGGAUUUCCCUGUCCAAUAUGAUGAUGCAAAGUUUUUUGUCAUCAAAUCGUACAGCGAGGAUGAUAUCCAUAAGAGUAUAAAAUACAAUGUGUGGGCAAGUACCACCAAUGGAAACAAGAAGCUUGAUGCUGCUUAUCAGGAAGCUCAGGCAAAGGGCUCUAGCUGCCCUAUAUUCUUGUUUUUCUCGGUGAAUACAAGUGGACAGUUUGUUGGUGUUGCUGAAAUGACUGGUCCUGUUGAUUUUGAGAAAACUCUGGAGUACUGGCAACAAGACAAGUGGAAUGGUUCAUUCUCUGUCAAGUGGCACAUUGUCAAGGAUGUUCCCAACAACAUUCUCAAGCACAUCGUCCUAGAGAACAACGAAGGCAAGCCAGUCACAAACAGCCGUGACACACAGGAUAUCAACCUUGAGCAAGGUAUUCAGAUGCUCAAGAUAUUCAAAGAGCAUGUGAGCAAGACCUCUAUCCUGGAAGACUUCACCUUCUACGAGAACCGUCAGAAAUUGAUGCAGGAGAAGAGAAUAAAACAACAGCAGAUCCAAAAGCAGGUGUGGGACAGUAGGGCUCCGAAUCUUGUUGCCGGGGAGAAACAACAGGAACCGAAGGUAACUGUACCGAAUGGUGUCAAUGGAGAGAAACAACAGGAUGCCAUCAAUGGGAAGCCGAAGUCUCCUGUAGCGAACGGUGUCAACGGGGGCGUGAAGGUUCCGGCAGAGAAAGCCGCCCCUGCUGCUGGUCCUCCAGCCGUUACCUACGCGGCAAAGGUGGCCCAAACAGCAGCGGCCGAGAAGAAGCCUGCGGUGACCGAGAAGAAGCCUGCCGUUGCCAACGGUGCUGUCAAGACCGGCGUAGCUGCUUGAUCGCAUACCCGAUCCUCCCAGCUAGCCAUGAGGAACAAACGUAAUGGUCCUGGCGAAUCAGGCGAGACAUGCGGGUUCAUGAAGGAGCGAUCACCAAAGGCGGGUGCUGGAAAGCGGGUCAGAUAGUUAGGUUCCCCUAGCUCCUCCUUUUUCUCUUGUUGUCGUCGUACUAUCAUCAUCCCUGUUUCAGUUUGCUUAGCUCUAAAGACUCCUCCCUAUAGUGGUAUCAUCGGAAUCGGCAGAAAAAGAGAAAAGGAAACCUGUGGCAAGACAAAGGUAGUGUCGCCGGGCCGCCGUACCCGGUGGCCUGGUUGCGGUUGUGUUUGCGUCGCGUUGUGCGUCUGUUUUCGGUAUUCGGUGGUGUUUGAGUAAGUACUAUGUGUUGGGUGUGUGGAUCUGAAAGUGGGUUCUAGAUUGGAGCUGUUUUUUUUGCGUCUUAUUAAGAUUAUAUUACAUCGGAA